AUGGGAGAUUGGGAGCAAAAGAGUCUUGUAAAUGAGCUAACAUUAGGGAUGGAGACGGCAAAGAAACUUCAAGGCCAUCUCAACUUGCCAUCUUCUUCAAGAGAAACUGGUGAAAUAUUGGUCCGAAAGAUCUUAACUUCCUACGAAAAGGCGCUUUCGAUGCUAAAUUCUAGUGGCUCAGUGGGAGAGUUACAUCCAGUAGGAGGAGUUGCCAUUGCAAAUUCUGAAUCCCCGCCUUCGCUUAGCGGAAGUCCUCGGAGUGAAGACUCUGACCGUGAAAUGAGGGACCCUAGGCAAAAAGAUCAUGGCUCUAGCUCAAGAAAGAGCAUGCCAAGGUGGACAAGGCAAGUGAGAGUUCACCCAGGAAUGGGGCUGGAAGGGCCUCUUGAUGAUGGAUUUAGUUGGAGAAAGUAUGGGCAGAAAGACAUUCUUGGAGCCAAAUAUCCAAGAGGAUAUUAUAGAUGCACUCAUCGAAGUGUUCAAGGUUGUUUAGCCACAAAGCAAGUGCAAAGAUCCGAUGAAGAUCCAACCAUCUUCCAAAUCACCUACCGCGGAAGGCAUACUUGCACUCUAGCCUCUCAUGGGAAGCUUCCUCUUCCACAACUCCAAGAAAAUGAAGAAACAAACACCAAUAUUACCACAGAUAUUCAACAGCACAAGCCCCACCAAGAAAAUAUUCCACAAUCACAAGAACUACUCUUGAACUAUCGCAGAGGGCUUAAAGUCAUAACAGAAGACUUAGACUCUCAUGGUCAGCCAUCAUUUCCAGCUAAUUCAUUCCAGUUCCCUUCUACAUCCAAUGUCAGGCCUGAAAACAAUUCUGUGUUUUCUCGUCCCGUGGAGGAAAACAGUUUCAUGGGGAAUUUUAUACCAUCAUUUACAUCUCCUUCUGGUUCUGCCACAAACUAUUAUUCCGUGUCUCCAAAUAGGAUGCAACAUAGCUUUGGAGGGAACCAGAAUUUUCAAAGUUCUGAUUCUGAGCUUACUGAUAUCAUCUCUGCUGCUACUUCAACUACUACCUCUCCUGCUGCUGGAUUAGAUUUCCCUUUUGGGAAUGUUGCGUACGAUCCAAACUUCACAUUUGAUAAUUCAGGAUUCCUCCCUUAG